AUGUGUACUGACUUCAAUGUAAGCUCUCCUAGGACCAUGUACACCAACUGCAACUCAAGCUCUACCAGGACCAUGUGUACCAACUGCAAUGCAAGCUGUUCCAGAUCCACAUGCACCAACUACAGUGUAAGCUCUCCUAUGACCAUGUACACUGACUGCAAUGCAAGCUGUCCUAUGACCAUGUACACUGACUGCAAUGCAAGUUCUCCUAGGACGCCGUGCACUGACUGCAAUGCAAGCUCUCCUAUGACCAUGUACACUGACUGCAAUGCAAGCUCUCCUAGGACCACGUGCACUGACUGCAAUGCAAGCUCUCCUAUGACCACGUACACUGAUUGCAAUGCAAGCUCUCCUAGGACCACGUACACUGACUGCAAUGCAAGCUCUCCUAUGACCAUGUACAUUGACUGCAAUGUCAGCUCUCCUAUGACCAUGUACACCGACUGCAAUGCAAGCUCUCCUAUGACCAUGUACACCGACUGCAAUGCAAGCUCUCAUAUGCCCAUGUACACUGACUGCAAUGCAAGCACUCCUAUGACCAUGUACACUGACUGCAAUGCAAGCUCUCCUAGGACCAUGUGCACUGACUGCAAUGCAAGCUCUCCUAGGACCACGUGCACUGAUCCCAUGGAUAACUCUCCAAGGACUACAACAUGGCCUCA